CGGCGGAGCGCAUGAACCUGGUGGCCCAGGACGCGAUCUGUUCCCUCCAACAUGAGAAGUACUGACCUAGAUGCAAGAGAGUCAGUCAACUGGAGUAGCAAUAAGCACCGCUGCCCACCUCUCUCACCUCCGCCACCCCGCCUGCCAUCUGUGACCGCUGACAUUCCUGCAAAAUCUGUGAGAUACCGCUUGAAGGCUGAAAAUGAAGCUCGGCAAAACUGGGGCCCGAACUGGGGAUUUUUAACAACCCCCCUCGAGGAGCUGGUCAAGAGCCAGGAGGAGCCGUCGGCCGCAAAGCCCAGGAUCGAGCUUCCUGAGCGGUUCCGCAUCCGGCCCGUGACCCCGGUGGAGAAGUACAUCCAGGUCCUCCCAUCGCCCCCUGUCCCGAAGACCACCCAGGGCUUCAUCGGCUGGAGGUCCGGGGUGCCGGGCCUGAACAAGCAUCUGGAGCAUGAUUACGAGAUCAGAAGCUGCAAAGGGGCGUACGCCCGAGAGCUGAGGUGGCCGAAGCAAGGCAUCUACUGAGCGCAGGCGGAGUCCCGGCCUGGGCGGCCGUCAGCAACCCCAGCCCCUGCAGCUGCCGGCCAAGAAGGACUCCAGCGUCCCCAGGAGACGUCGAUCCCCCCCACACCCGCCCCUGGGGUGCUGCAAAGAACUGGGGCUACCCCUUCCGUGUUUUCAGCUCACCCCUGCCUCUCCUCUGGGACAGCCUCGCAACAGUCUUACUAAUGUGAUGACUAAGGCAAAGUAGACUCUGCUUUUUUUUUUUUCAAUAUCUUGGAAUUUCUAGGUAUGUUUUUUGUGCUGUUUCUUUUUUAAAGUGAUUUAAUUUUUAAAAUAUUUAUCGAGGCCUCCCUCUCGCUCUCCCUGUUUAUAAUGAGGUUGUUGACCAGGCGUGUCUGUAGCCAGGUGUCCCAGGCAGGCUUGCAGGGGGAAUAAAG